AGUUGAAAAUGAGCCAACAGGAAGCUCCUGCCUAGAACCUGUUAGUGGGUGUGUCCUAUUACCAAGUCCUUAGUUGCUUUAAUAAAGCCCACAUGAAGAUGUAUUGAGGUUUGCUCUUGCAUAUGAGAAAAAUGCCACCCAAGAGGAACAGAAAGCGGUUAGGUACUCGGGCUGAAGGAAGUGGAGACUCUGGGGUUGGGAUGUGUGAAAGGAAUGAUGCAGUGCAGGAGCAGAAGAAAGAGAAGAUCAGACUGUUCAUGCAGGACUUUGUGCAACAAGCUUGACUGUUCCGUUGAUGAAUUAUCGGAGCCAAAACUAGUCAGGAAAAGCAGUAAGAAGGUUAAGGUCACCACAAACGUAGAAUAUCAGGAUGAUGUGAGAACAAAAGUGAUGACGACCACAGCAAAGAACAGGACUGUACAAAAGGUGCCAAAAAGCAAAUCUAUGCUUUCACUUACUGGUAAAAACAGCAAGAAAACUACCACUCUAACCAGGACAGCAAUAACUCCACUAUCUCGUUCUGCCCGGAGCGAUGUUAUUUUCACCUUUGGAGACAAUGCGUUUUUGGAUGAAGAUGUCCCUUUUGUCAAGAUACCACUGGCUGAUGGGCAGACUGUGUUUUCAGCUGGAGAUGAUUUGGACAAUCUAAACAUGCAGUUACUAAGAGGAGAUACAGUGCAGCACAUUCACAACCUGGUGGGCCAGCUAACCAACAUAUGUGCCAAAGCUUCCAAUCAGCAGCAUGGGAAUCCCCUCUGACUCUGAACGAAGAAUCUUUGACUCAAUCCACAAAUUCUGCAAAGUAUUAAUAUCUACUUUUUAUCUGUAAUGGUUUGUGUACUAAUAAAAACACACUUUGA